CUGCAGCAGCUUCUAGAAGAACAUAAGAAGAGUCUGAGGAGGAGAUGUGAACAUGUGACUGAAGGAAGUGAUGAAGCAGGAGGAGGAAGCCUCCUCAACAGGAUCUACACUGAGCUCCACAUCACAGAGGGACUCAGUGAGGAGCUUCAGAGGGAACCUGAGCUGCAGCAGCUGGAGACAGCUUCCAGGAAGGAGAGCCUCCAUCACUCUGCCAUCAGGGUUCAGGACAUCUUCAAAGCCUCGGCCCAGCAGCUCAGACACAUCCGAGUGGUUCUGACCAGUGGCGUGGCCGGCAGUGGAAAAACCUUCUCGGUGCGCAAGUUCAGUCUGGACUGGGCCGAGGGCCUGGAGAACCAGGAUGUCGAGGUGCUGGUGGUGCUCUCCUUCAGGGAGCUGAACCUGCUGGGAGAGCAGCCGUACAGCCUCCUCUCGCUGCUGGCUGUUUUCCAUCCCACGCUCCAGAAGCUGACGGCAGAGGAGCUGGCUGUCUGCAAGCUGCUCUUCAUCUUGGACGGUCUGGAUGAAAGCAGAUUUUCUCUGGACUUCAGCAGCAGCCGGCGGCUGCUUGACGUCUCCCAGCAGUCUUCAGUCGGCGAGCUGCUCACUAACCUCAUCCAGGGGGAUCUGCUGCCCUCGGCUCGGGUCUGGAUCACUUCCCGACCGGCGGCGGCCCAUCAGAUCCCUCCAACAUGUGUGGACAGACUGACAGAAGUGCGAGGCUUCACUGACGCCCAGAAGGAGGAGUACUUCAGGAGGAGGCUGAGUGAUGAGGAGCUGAGCAGCAGAAUCAUCUCCCACAUCCAGACCUCCAGGAGCCUCCACAUCAUGUGUGGAAUCCCAGUCUUCUGCUGGAUCACUGCUACAGUUCUGGAGCACAUGUUGAGCAGCGAGCAGAGAGGAGAGCUGCCCCAGACCCUGACUGACAUGUACUCCCACUUUGUGCUGGUCCAGACUCACAGGAAGAAGCUCAAGUACCAUGAAGGACCUGAGACGGGUCCACAGGAGCUGACAGAGGCUGACAGGGAGCUUCUUCUGAAGCUGGGCAGGAUGGCCUUGGAACAUCUGGUCAAAGGAAACAUCCUGUUCUACCAAGAAGACCUGGAGCAGUAUGGUCUGGAUGUGACUGAGGCCUCGCUGUUCUCUGGAAUCUGUUCUCAGAUCUUCAAGAGAGAGUCUGUGAUCUUCCAGAAAGCCGUCUACAGCUUCGUCCAUCUGAGUGUUCAGGAGUUUCUGGCUGCAGUCUUCAUGUUCCACCGUUUCACCAACAAUUGGAGAGACGUCCUCUAUCCCAUCACUGCAAGUUUACUUGUACCUGCUGCCCCAUCUCUUGAUGUUUUCCUGAUGGUCUACCUUCAGAUAUCCCUCAGCAGUCCAAAUGGCCACCUGGACCUGUUUAUCCGCUUCCUUCAUGGCCUCUCUCUGGAAUCCAACCAGAGACUCUUAAAAGCUCUGCUGGGUCAGACAAAGAUCAGACCAAGAACCAUCAAGAGAGUCAUCAAGAACUUGAAGGAGAUCAACAGUCAUAAAAUGUCUCCUGACAGAAGCAUCAACAUCUUCCACUGUCUGACGGAGAUGAAGGACCUCUCAGUCCAUCAGGAGAUCCAAGAGUUCCUGAAGUCAGAGAACAGAUCAGAGAAGAGACUCUCUGAGAUCCACUGCUCAGCUCUGGCCUACAUGCUGCAGAUGUCAGACCAGGUCCUGGAGGAGUUGGACCUGGAGAACUACAAGACAUCAGAGGAGGGACGACGGAGACUGAUCCCAGCUGUGAAGAACUGCAGGAAGGCUGAUCUUUCUGGCUGUGGACUCUCUGAUCCUCACUGUGAAGUGAUCUCCUCAGCUCUGAGCUCUGACCCCUCCCAUCUGAAGCAUCUGGACCUGAGUUACAACAACCUGAAGUAUUCAUCAGCGAAGAUUCUGAGUGCUGGACUGAAGAGUCCAAACUGUAAACUGGAGACUCUGAGGUUGAUUGACUGCAUAAUGUCAGAGAUCAGCUGUUCUUCUCUGGCCUCAGCUCUGAAGUCCAACCCCUCCCUCCAGAAACAUCUGGAACAUCUGGACCUGAGCUGGAACCGUCUGCAGGAUUCAGCAGUUGAGCAGCUGUGUGGUUUUCUGCAGAGUCCACUCUGUGGUCUGCAGACUCUGAGGUUGGAGAGCUGCAAGUUGUCAAAGAUCAGCUGUUCUUCUCUGGCCUCAGCUCUGGAGUCCAACCCCUCCCACUUGGAGGAACUCGACCUGCGUUCCAACCAUCUGCGGUCUCCAGAUGUGCAGCAGCUGGUUGCUCUCCAUCAGAGUCCAGACUGCAGCCUGCAGACUCUGAGGUGGAGGAGUGACCGAGAGCAGAGAGGAUGCUGUGUGCUCUGAAGAUCCUCUUCAUCCUCCUCCUCUUCCUCCUCUCCACAGAUUGUAUCAUCAGUAGAUGUCCAUGGCGUUAACAGAGUUUGAAAUGCUGCCGUACUGGAAAAUGUUUUUCACUCAGAACUUUUCACCUCACUGAAUGUGACUCUAUGGAACAAUACAUCCAUCUGACAUGGGAACAAGUCCUGGUUUUUCAAAGACUGCUCUGAGAGGAAUAUUUGACUGACAACUGAUCCGUGUCCAACUGUAUAAUUAUUCCCAAAGUUUUUCAUUUGGACCAGAGAAAGCCACGCUCCAACUGAUGGUUUGGUUGUAUUUAUUCUGUCACAGCAAUUGGAGAAAUCUUCUCAAAUCACUGGAAAUGACCAAAAACCACCAUCUUGAAAAAUUAAAGAAAAGACAAAUGUACAGCGAAAUACAAAACGGUCUUCCCCUAGAAAACGACCACUCAAUCAAGCGCCCCCUAGUGGCCAUGUAAAUAAUGUCACGGACACCACACACUGAUGGAGGGUUUUUUGGAGGGUUGUUUGUUUUUUUCCUGGAGUGACUUUCCCUUAAUAAUUACACUUAACCACAAAUAUAAUUCUCUGCAUUGAAUGACUUCAGUUUGAUUUUCAGAACAGAACAAAAUCUCUGAAAUAGUUUCUGAAACAGAUCAGAAUCCACAAUAUGAACCAUAAAAGCAAAACUACAAACAUAAAUCUAUAGAAUGGAGAAAUCUCUGUAUUAUAAUUUACACAAAGCUUCUCUAGAGACAAAAAUACUCUUUAUUUUCAUAGUUUCCACUCGGUUUAUGGGUGUGAUAGGCAGUUUUUUCGUUUCUGCGUUCCUUCCGACGGCUUCCUCUGCUGAGCUGUCGGUCUGCUGCGUCCUUAGCAACCAGUCGCGGUUGUUAAGGACUCUGACCCCUGACCCGGAAGGGGUUGAUGUGUGUCACGGACUGGAUUUUUUCUUUAAGAAUGGAGUUAAAAAUGUUAAUGAAAUGUAAAAUGUUUUCCCUUUUUGUUUUAACAAUAUUUCAUGUGUUUUUGGUGUCCCCUAGUGGACAAUCCUGUUACUUAUAUGUGGUGUGCAUUUUAUUUUGAAAAGAGCUUUAUGUAGCGGAAGUGACGAGUCAACAGCUCGGGAAGCAGACGAUGACAGCUCUCCAUUUGUGCCGUCUCCAAGAUCGUAAUGUCUUUAUAUUUUGAGGUUGCAUCGCCGGUCAGUAUUUUAGUUACAUUUAAAACAUGUUUAUUUAAUCUUUGUAAUGUUCUCUAGCAGCUAAGGUUAAACUUGACUGACUUUGAUUUUGUACUAAGUUAAUCGCCUGAAAUGCAGGGUCGGCAAGAUAACGUCUCGGCCAUUUGUACAGUGUUCACAUAUAUAUAUAUAUAUAUAUAUAUAUAUAUAUAUAUAUAUAUAUAUAUAUAUAUAUAUAUAUAUAUAUAUAUAUAUAUAUAUAU